AUGGUGACCACGGCAAGGGUUCCACCUUCACUCUCAUCAUUACCACGGCCGAGUAGAUGGAUCGCACGAGCCGUCAGAUCGAGUCCGUCGGCCUUAGUCAAUGCCAGUGCCCGCGACAGUCCCAACGGGGCCCGCUGGCGACCGACGGCACGGCUAUACCACGCGGCUGUGUGGCCCUGCUACGGUGUCAUCACUCCCGUCCCCGACCGUCACGAUCUCCGCCUCGCCAAAUCACCCUUUCGCUUUGAGACGGGCUAUGCUCUUUGCGCUAAGCGUCCUUCACGUCCCUUUCCUCCGCCGUUUCUGUCCCCACCGUCCUCGUCUUUCUCCGAUCCCUUGACUACCCACUCGCUGAACCAGGAUAAGAGAUUAUCCGUCCAGGGCGAACUGGUUCGUGGCUUGAAUAAUGGAGACGACGCGAUCGUCGUUGCGGAGAACUUUCUCGGAGUGAAUGAUGGUGUAGGUGCAUGGGCGACAAAGCCUCAGGGCCAUGCUGCGCUUUGGUCAAGGCUGCUUCUACACUUCUGGGCGCUCGAAGUUGAGCGCCAAGUCACCGCGGACGCUCCUACUCUCGACCCCAUCGAGUACCUCCAGUCUGCCUAUGAGGAGACCAUUCGCGCAACCUCGAGUCCUAACGAGUGGUUCGGAACCACCACGUCGGCGACGGCCCUUCUACACUGGAUCCGUGAGCAAGAUGGUACACAGAAGCCGCUACUCUACGUGACAAAUUUGGGGGAUUGCAAGGUGAUUGUUAUCCGACCGAGCGAGGAGAAAGUCUUGUUCCGCACCACCGAACAAUGGCACUGGUUCGACUGUCCCAUGCAGUUAGGAACGAACAGCAUCGACACACCGCGAAAAGACGCAGUGCUAUCCAAGAUCACCUUGCAAGAAGACGACAUCGUUCUGGCGGUGUCAGACGGCGUCAUGGAUAAUUUGUGGGAGCACGAGGUCGUCAAAGUGGUUCUGGACAGUCUUCAGAAAUGGGACAAUGGGGAUUACUUGGAUGUACCUCCGCCACCGAAUUUGUCGAAUGAACGCAUGGUCUAUGCGGCUCGUGAGGUUCUCAACGCCGCUUUGGAUAUUGCGCAGGAUCCUUUUGCAGAGAGCCCGUACAUGGAGAAAGCUGUGGAUGAAGGUCUUGCGAUUGAAGGAGGCAAAAUGGACGACAUCUCGGUCGUCAUUGCGUCUUGUAAGAAGCGAGCCGGGUGA